AGAUAUGAGGAUCAUCAACCCAACGGAGCUGCAGGCAGACACAGCAAGCCAGGAGCUGUACUCUGCCGAGCACCAAACUAUCAGCAUCGAGGAACUUGGGGAGCGCUUUCAGGAGUGCAUCGAGGCUGUUGAAGAACUGGAGAGGGAGAGGGACUAUCUUAUCCAAGAACUCAUGCAACUGCGGGAACCGGCCUUGGAGGAAAUCAAGCAAGCCCAUGAAGAGAUCCUUGAAGCCUACAGGUUGCAUGCCAAGGUAGAGCUUGAAAGGGACAGCUUGAGGGAUGAGAUUCGGCAAGUGAAACGCAAGCUGUUCAGGGUGACACGGGAAUGCGUGGCAUGCCAGUAUCAGCUGGAAACCAGGAGACAUGAUGUGGCACAGUAUGCCAUCUACCGGGAAGAACUGGAAAGCAGGGUCAGCCAGCUCUCAGAGGAACUGUCCCAGCUGAGAGAGACUUGUGUGAGAGAAAAGGAACAGUUCAGCCUGCAACUAAAGGUCCCCAGGCGACAAAGGGACAGCUGUUAUCUCCAGGAGAGCAGGCGGCUCUCCAUGGAGUUUGAGAGCUUUGUGGCAGAGAGUCGCCAGAGCCUAGAAGAACAGUAUGAGCCCAAGUUAAUGCGUCUCUUGGAACGCAGAGAAGCCAGCUGUAAAGCUUUGCAAAAGACACAGGGCGAGAUCCACAGGCUGAAAGAAACUCUGCGACCAUUGCAGGGAGAAGUGAGCAAGCUACGGCUGCAGAACAGGAACCUGGAAGAACAAAUCCUGCUCAUCAAGCAAAAACGGGAUGAAGAAGUUCUUCAUUACAGGGAGCAGGUUGAGGAGAUGGAAGAAAGGCUGAGAGAGCUAAAGAAUGGAGUAAAACUUCAGCAGUACAAGAAUAAGGAAUUGGAGGAAGUGAAGACCAGCUUGCACCAGGAGCUAUCUAUCUACAAAGAUUGCUUAGAAAUAUAUGGACAACUCUGCAAGACGGAAGCAAAUCAAGACAAAGACUGAAAUUUGUAAACAUGGACUUUUUAUAUCUAUAUAUAGUUAAACUGCAGUCUCAUUAGUAAGAAUGACAGAAACAGGCCUGAAAUCUAGCAGCAACUAACAGACAAGACUUUUAGAUGAUGGUUUGCAUCUUCUAUUACUUUGAAAAGAGUUUUGAAUGAACUUCUGAAGCUUAGUACUUUGCACUGGACAGACUGUCAUUUAAUAAUUAUGUACAUUUUGAAGCUGAAGGUGGUACAAAGCCAAUGUUUUCGCAAGUGUACCAAUACUGGCCUUUGGUAUAAAAAGCUAUUUGAGAAUGAGUGAUUUAUUUCUUUAAGGCAUCUGCUUGUAACUUUGAUGUAUUAUAGAAAAGAAGACAGAAGUAAAAUCUUAAUUAAAUUUUUAAAAUACAAGAA